CUCAAGCUUAUCGUUCGCAUCUAGCCUCUGGUUGUAGUCACUCUAUCGGGUGCAUCUAGUCUCUGGUGGUAGUACAUUCAAAUUGAGGAAGCAAAGUUAGAUAUGCUGCUGUCAGGCGGCUUCUCUUGGGUGUACCUUGCUCUGCUGUUGACCUUGCUCACCUUCAACUCCGUCAUGGCGGUGUACCACUCCAUGGGCGACGCGGCCAUCGUCGCCUUCGUCGUCACCUCCUACGCCGACCUGGUGCUGCUCUUCUGCUGCCUCUGGCUCUACAGCAGAGCGGCGGCGGGAUCGGCGUGGCGGAACCGGCUCAAGGCGUCGGUGUGGACUCUCACCACGCUGCUCACCUUCUCCUUCGCCUACAUGGUCAUGGGCACGGCCGGCCUCACCCUCCACGUCGCGCUGCUCGUGUGGUUCAUCGCCGCGGCGACGGGGAUCGGUGCCUUCUCCGCCUUCUUCGAGCAGGGCAGAAUCAACCCAGCUCCGGGUGAACCCAUGCUGCCGCCACCGGUGUAGCCCAAGCUCUGAAUCACUACGGGAUAUGCUUUUGUGAUGCAUUCAAACGCAUGGAGUUUGCCAAGUUGUGAGCUUACGGUGGAGUUCAAAUACUGUCGGGUCGCCCUCGUCUUGUAAAUAUAUUUACCUUGAAAGCAUGCAUGAGUCCUUCGUAGAACCAUUGUCCCUGUCCCUUCUAGGGGUGCGUGCUUAGGGGAGGAGUAUCUGUGUGUGUAUGUGUGUAGUGGACAAUGUA